CGGUUAGCCUCCUCUGGGAUUGCCGUGACGUCAAAGGCUAUGGACCUAUCAGAUGUCAGUGGUCGGAGAAAGGAGGGUAGUGGCGCCGAAUUCGAAUAGUAUAAUUUUGGAACCGACAGAGAGCGGGUUGUUUUCUGGUGCGCGUGUGUAAAAUGUCUUCUAUUUUGCAAAACGUCGGCUGGAGGGAUCACGACGUUCUGGAAAACAUGGACGAGCGAGACAGUCCCCUGCCAGACAAGUUCAGGAAGAUGCCGUCCUCCAGUUCCCUCAACACGCUGCGCAUGACGCUGAGAAAAAGGAUGCCCUUAAAGCAGGUCGAUAUCAACUUGGAUGCCGUGCCAGACUGGGACCUUGUGGGGAAAAAAGACAAAAAGCGCACCGUCCAGGCCAUGACGGUGACGGCGAAGACCAUGUUUGGAGCCAUGUCUCAGAAAAUCAAGAAAACCCGACAAAACCAGAAUCAGUAUUUGCUGGUGUCUCCUGACCGCAUGAAAAGUUCCAAGAAGCAAAACCGUACCCCAAGGAGUAGCAGAAAACGUACAACGCCCAGGACACCUCAGUGGCGUAAGCUGGAAGAUGCAAGCCCUAGAACUCCGGUCACGCCAAAAUCCAGAAAAAGGUCAACUCCCAAGUCCAGGAGGACUUUAAGCUCCCAGUGGAGAAGCUUUUCUACUUUGGUUGGAAAAGAUGGGUCAAACCUAAGAAGGUCGGUGAGAGCUGCAGCCCUGAAGAGCCCCUAUUCCUCGCCUGCUACUCUUAGCCGGAGAAGGCAGUUUGAUAUAGACCUAGAUGCGGUCUCCACAGGGCUCCGGCAGCUAAAACGCCUCUCAAGAGUUUUUGAUGAUGCCAUCUCGAAGGAAGAAAGAAAAGAAGCUAUAUUGAACUAUCACAGUUUAAUGGCUAGCAAUUUGCAUGCUGCGCGCCACCCUCGGCUGGCUUGGAGAAGAAGCACCAGACGUCUUCAGCAUACACUUGGAGGCUGGACAGAAAUUGCCUUAACCAGUAUAAGUAACAUCGGUGCACGCUAAGAACUUCAAACAAUCUCCUUUUUAUAUGUUUGUGUGACUGACAGCUUUUUGAGCACUAUUUACGGAGCCAAGUCAAAGCUCAGCUAGGACUUAACAUACAGAAA